AUGACAAUAGUUAAGGUAACAGUAAAAUGGAAAACAAAUAUUUACAAUGAUCUAGAGCUCAAUAUAAAUGAGCCAAUAGCAUUGUUUAAAGAGCAGCUAUGGAAAAUAACUUCUGUUCCUCCAGAAAAACAAAAACUAAUGUAUAAAGGGUUAAUAAAAAAUGACACCAAUUUGCAUACAUUAAACAUAAAAAAUAAUGACAAAAUUAUGUUAGUAGGAUCUUCAGAAUUAUUGGCUGAAAAACCUGAUAAAAUUACAUUUUUUGAAGAUUUAUCAAAAGAAGAUAAAGAAAAAUUAAAUGAAGAUAAAAAUAUUAUUUUCGAAGAACAAGGUAUAGUAAAUUUAGGAAAUACUUGUUAUUUUAAUGCAGUUUUGCAAUUUUUGACUUCUUUUAAUGAUUUAGGAGAAUUUUUAAGUAAUAUAAAAAAAACACAAAAUUUUGGAUUUAGAUCAAAUAAAGAUAUUUUAUUCGAUUGCUAUAUACAUUUUUCUCAAACUUUUGGAAAAUCAUCGAAGCCAUAUGUUCCCUUAGAGUUAUUAAAAGCCUUUAGAGAUGUUUUCCCAAAAUUUAAAACUAUUAAUAUAAGAACAAAACAAUAUGCACAACAAGAUGCAGAAGAAUGUAUGAAUGCUAUUCUUACCUCAUUAAAUGAUCAUACAGAAUCGAAAAUUAUUGAUAAGCUUUUUUCAUUUAAAAUAAUUGGAAAAAUUAAAUGUGUAGAACAAAAUAGUCAAGAUGAUGAACCUAAUAAACAAAAAGAGUCACAAAAAAAUGAAAAUUCACAAAAACCAGAAUCAGACAAAAAUAAUCCAAGUCAAAAUGAAGAAAAUGACCAUUUUGAAUUAACACAAGAAAAACACAACAAAUUAAUUUGUUAUAUGGGGACGCAAAAUACCCCAGUAAAUCAUCUUCAUGAAGGUAUUAGAUUAUCAUUAAUUGAAAAAAUAAAAAAAAAAAAAAACGACAAUGAUAAAGAAGAUACAUUAUAUGAAAAAAAAUCAGAAAUAGAUUCAUUACCUCCUUAUUUAAUUAUACAUUUUUUACGGUUUGAAUCAAAACGAAUUGUAGAUACAAGUAAUACGGUUUCUGUUGUUACUGCCAAAAUAUGUAGAAAGGUUUCCUUUCCAGAAAUUUUUGAUAUUUAUGAUUUUUGCUCUGAUAGGAUAAAGGCUGAUUUAAAAAUUUCUAGAAAUAUUAUUAUGAACAGAAAGGAUAUUAAAACACCCAUUGUUCAGGAAAAUAAAAAUGAAGACGAUAAAAUGUUGGAAACUUUGACUAACCAGGAUGAUAAAAACAAAGAAUUUGUUGAAAUCCCAAACGGAGAGUAUGAACUAAUUUCAGUUAUCACACAUAAAGGAAGAAAUGAAGAAAGUGGACAUUAUAUUGCAUGGAAAAAAAUGCGAAAUCGUGUAAAUAAAAAUUCAGAGUAUGAUGCUAAUGGCCCAAGAACUAAAAAAAAUAAAAGUAAUAAUGAACCAACAUGGUUUAAAAUGGAUGAUGAUAAAGUAAGUCUUCACAAUUUUUCAUCUCUUGAUUUAUUUGGAGGAUGUAGUGAUUACAAUACAGCUGUUUUGUUAUUAUACAAAAGGAAGACAAUUUCUUGUACAAAAGACGAAUUAAACAAAUACUCUGUUUGA